CUCCGACUUCGUGGGUUCCCCAAACGCCGCCCUCACCUUUUCUAAUCCCCUCUUUUCCCUUGCGAAUACGAAAAAAAGGAAGACAGAAGGAUCUACGAUACAGAUACCUAUCUGUUCCCUCUGUCCAGACUCUCUCUGCACCUCAGUGCUUGAUUGCUUGCUUGAUUGCUAGCUAUCUAUCAGUGCGGGCUUGUCCGACCAGACUGACUCCCAUUCAACGUGUACGAUAUCGAUUUAUCUCUAGUUCAUUUAUCGGAUACACUCGACCCGGUUCUUUUGCUUUAUCGCUUGCCUAGAACGCAUGUCCUCGGCGUGAGCACGCACAGUUUUCUUGCUCCGUUUUCCCUUUUCGGUCGUAUCGCGGAUACAUCAUUAUCAUCGGCAAGCGUUGUGAAUUUGUCCCAUUCAUAUUACCAUGGCUGCGGAUCCUGAGCGGAAUGGUGGGGUUGAAGUGGUUGAGACGAAGAAGGAAGUGCUGGAGCGUCAAGCUGCAGACGACUCGCAAGCAUCCGACAACGACGGCGGUGAGCGCCCCGUCCGCCACAAGUUAAAAGAGACCUCGAUUACCUCGGCACCCAAGACUUCGACGGACGGCGACGCCAACAUGACUGGCAGUGCGCAGGAAGGAAGUUCCAGCAGGGCCAGCAGCAGAGGCAGGAAGCGAUCAUUCGACGAGGAUGAGCCCGAGAAGAACGAAGACGAUGCAGGCCACCGUCGCAAGCGGUCGCGCGACUCGAACAGUGAGGAGGAGAAUGCGAAUGCGGAUGUAGAUGUGGAAGUUCCAUCGCAGCCACAGAAGGGGGAGGAAGUGACACGGGAUAUUGCGGUUCCGAAGAAGAAGAGAAGCAGAGACCAGUUGGAUAAGGACGAGCCAACGGUCGGUGCUUCGGGCGAGAAAGCAGACCAGAAUGCCGCGGAGGAGGCGUCGACGGAGAAGUCUGAAGUGGAAGGACAGCCCGAGAAGAAGAGACACACGGAUGAUGCGCGAGAGAAGGAAUCGGCUCCCAUUACCAGUGCGUUUGCGAACACAUCGUCGGUUUCGCCAUUCGGGUCAAUCGGUGCGAAGGCCAAGGAAGAGGAGGCAUCGAAACCUGCUGCUGCCACAUCAUCAUCUGCUUUUGCUGCGUCAAGUCUGGCUGCGUUCGCCAGCUCCGAACAAUCACCCUUUGGCUCCCUCGGAAGCUCCACACCCUCAGUCUUCAAAUCUCCGGCAUCGACGGACUCUCCUCAGCCAGCUGCUACUGGAUUUGCUUCUGCAGCCGGUACAUCGGGAUUCGCUGCACUCGGGUCUGGUUUCUCCGGGUUCAGCGGUGGCUUUGCGGCGGCCAAGCCCGCGGGUGGACUUACGAGCUUUGCUUCCCCUAGUGCUCCCAGCGUUCUAGGCGGCUCCAAGACGUCUGCUUUCGGGGCCCCUGAAGAGGAUGAAGAAAAGGAGGACGACGAAGAACAAGCGGGUGACAGCGGCCCGGGAGAGUUCGAGCAAGAUAAGACGGACGAGAGAUUCUACGAACGUCCGAUCGAGACUGGUGAGGAAAACGAGAAGACAUACUUCUCAUGUAAAGCCAAGCUGUUCCAUUUCACGAACAAAGAGUGGAGAGAGCGCGGCAUUGGGACCUUCAAGGUCAACGUCCGCGUCACGGACGGAGUAGAGGACAAGAAGGCAGCUCGCAUGAUCAUGCGCGCAGACGGCGUGCUGCGCGUGAUGUUGAACACGCCCAUCUUCAAGGGAAUGACGGUUGGUGAUGGACAGGGCAAGGAGCCCAAGUCGAAGCAGAUCAACCUAGCCAGUUUGGAGAAUGGCCGCUCCGUUCCGAUCUUGCUCAGAACCGGAAGCGAAGACCUCGCCAAAGAGCUAUACCGCGUUGUUCGCGACCUCCAGGAAUACCAGUGAUCAUGCAAUAGUUGCAGCACACACAAUUGUGUCUAUUGGAUACCUUCAAAAAGCGACAGUAAUUUACUACGACUACCACCACCACCACCAAUACAACCAGUGCUAGUCCCAUCGUUGGACUGGAAUCUAGGAACUACUACAUUAUCUACAUAGGAAAGAAAAUUAACCGAGUGGGUUGGCAUUUUGCAUUUGGGCCGAGGAGUCAAGAACCGGGGUUGUCUUGUCUUGCGUGGAUUGGGGAAUUACCAUCACCUAUUUAUUUGACUUUACUUUUACUUUCUUUUGUUUAUUUCAUUUAUUUUUUUUAGUAUACACACAUUCUCUUCGUGUAUGUUUUCUUUGGUUUAGGAGGUAUUUAUCAAGUACCAAGUUGUAUGCUG